AUGAAGCAAACGGGAUUGCGAAUGCGAAUGGUGGAAGGGCAUCCAUGGAGCACACGGGAUGUUGCUGCGAGUGCCGAAGGUGAAGAAAGUGGCAACAGAUUAAAAAUUGUCCAUUCAACAACCAACUGCAGAACAGAACGGAUUUUAGGGGACGGUGCUAUAGGGGACAUUGUUGGUGAAGACGGGCCAAAUGUAAACGCUGCAUUCCACUGUAUUGAUGAUAUAGAUGUAGGUAGCAUGGAGUUUGACAGCAUUGAAGAGGCAGAAGCAUUGUAUAUGAUGUAUGCAAGAGCAACCGGUUUUGGGGUACGAAAAGGGUGCAAGAGAAAAGAUAAGAAAGGCAUUGUCCGAGUGAGGUCAUGGCUUUGCAAUAAGGAAGGCGAAAGACAUGAAAAGCACCUGAACAGAGGCGAUCGAAUAAGGGAACCGAAGGCAGUAACAAGAGUGAAGUGUGAAGCACAUUUGAAGGUUCGAUUACACGAGUCGAAAGAAAAGUACGUUGUUGCAGAAUUUGUUAGUGGACAUUGCCAUCGUUUGUGCAGUCCUGAAAGUGUUAGUUUCAUGAGGUCGCAUAGAAAGGUUGGGAAGUCGGACCUGCAACAGGCAGUACUUAUGCAACAAGCAGGAAUAAGAACAAGUCACAUUAUGAGACUACUAGCUGUACAGGCUGGCGAAUACCGCAACCUGGGUUUCCAUGAAACAGAUAUGUACAAUGCGCUGAAUCGGCAGAGGCAGGUAGCAGUUGGUGAUGGGGACAGCGAUUCGGCACUUGCAUUCUUGUUAGGCAAGCAACGAGGUGAUCCGAAUUUAUUUUUCAAAUAUUCUGUAGAUGGCCAUGGCCGACUGAAUCGCUUGCUUUGGGCUGAUUCCGUGUGUAGAGACGACUAUAGAUGCUUUGGGGAUGUGCUAGUGUUCGACAGCACGUAUAAUACAAACCAGUACAGAUUUCCAUUGGUUGUGUUGUGUGGGGUUAACAAUCACUACUCGACAUGUAUCUUUGCGUGUGCUUUUAUCGUUCGCGAAGGAGAUGAGGGAUAUGAUUGGGUUAUAAGUACUUUCUUAGAAGCAAUGAAUGGGAGGAAACCGAUAGCAGUGGUGACUGAUGGGGACAAGUCCAUGCGAAAGUGCAUUAAAAAAUUGAUGCCCACAGCUAAGCACAGACUUUGCAGCUUCCAUUUGGAAAUGAAUGCUGCUACAAAUGUAAGGGACAAAGAGUUCUUGCAGGCAUUCAAGACCUGCAUGUUUAUGAAUUCUACAAUUCCCAAUUUUGAAACGAGGUGGGCAGGGGUUGUCAGACGUUUUCGGCUUGAAAAUAACGAAUGGGUUAAGAAGAUGUACCGCAAGAGGGAGCUCUGGGCUAUGGCUUUCCUGAGAGGCAACUUUUUCGGAGGAGUGCGGAGUACCCAAAGGUGCGAGAAAAUGCAUCAGGUCUUAAAAUUACAUCUGACCCCCAAGUUGAAGUUUUUUGAGUGCCUUCAAACAUAUGACUUGGCGGUGGGCCGCUUGCGACAUGAAGAGAGGCGUCAACGGGCUGUGACAGAGCACACUACCCUUCUCGGUGCGACACAGCUGCAGGCGCUGGAAAAACAUGCUGCUGAAGUGUUUACUAGGUCCACUUUCGUUGUGGUACGGGAGGAAAUGAAGAAGCAGGGGCUAUUUUGUAGGAUGAAUGGCACGGAUGAUGGAAUAAAUGCUGUGCACUUCAUGAAGCAUCCGUACAAUUACUCCUACUACACUGUGGUGUAUAACAGGUCCACGCGACAUAUGAAGUGCUCGUGCCUGAAAAUGGAAACACACGGCCUGCCUUGUUGUCACAUGUUUCGUGCAAUGCUAUUUGAGGAACUGAAAAAGAUCCCUCCAAACUGCAUCAUGAAGAGGUGGACUCGACAGGCAAAGGAAUGCGUAAUAAGUGAGGAGGGGCCUGAAACAAGCAGCUCACACCUCACAGAGAUGUCCAGAUACUCUACGCUGCUUUCGGCGGCAAAUGAUGUAUGUAGGAAUGCGUGCAAGACGUCGGAUCGAUUCAGAAAUGCAUUGGAACUGUUCCAGAAUGAGUCAGUUGGAACUGAGCAGGUGCAAGGCAAGAGGCAAAGAGGGCAGGGCUGUGGAGCUGUGCAACUGACCAAACAAACAGGGGGUCAAAGGGAUUGGGUUAAGGACCCAGAAUUCAUUGAAUCACGAGUCCUGUGUCGAGGGAAACCGAGGGGAAGAGGAAGUGUGCCAAACGCGUCAUCAAAGCGCAGAGCCACAGACGCUGAUGAUCAUCAUGGAAAUUGUAGUUGCACUGCUGAUGCACAACAACGCAACACGGGGACGACACCCGCUGGCCGAAUCGGUGUUGAGUUAUCAAUUGAAAUGGAGCAGCAGCGACCAAGGGACCCUGUUCUACGGAUUCAGGACAUGGAUGAGGGAGGACCAGAUGGCGUACGGCAAGGGAAGUCAUUGGAAUCGGGUCUACCGGGCAGUGUGGAUGGGUUUUUGGGAUACAUCCUGCAUUCAUCACGGACUUCGUCGUAUCAGGUUGAUGAACCACGAAAUGUACCCGCUGAUGGCCUUGUACCGGCAUCAACCGACAUUGCUGAUUGGUGA